UCCUCAUUCCUCCUGACUCAUUAAAUAGAACAGUGCCAACUAGUAUAUGAAAUAAUUUCUUAACAUAUAGUGGGGGCGAUGGGAGUUGUAGGAUCUAUAGGGCCAUAGUUGUGUGAUUUUUCUUCCAGUUUUACCACUCUACACUUAAAAAAACUUGUUUCUUAGGCUAAAAACAUCAUAAAAGUUACUGACUUCAACAUCUCAAUUUAUCUGAGUGGAGCAACUUGAUUUAUGCUGAUAAGAAUUGAUAACUUCUAAACAACUCGGAUGAAUGAGACAACAGAAAUUCGGGGGAAGUAUCCGAACAAAAUUCCGGUGGUAGUGGAACGUUACAGGAAGGAGAAGUCUCUUCCCCAGUUGGAUCGGAUCAAGUUUUUGGUUUCUCCAGAUAUAUCCAUGUCUCAGUUUAUUUUCACUCUGAGAACCCGGCUAUCCCUCACAGCUACACAAGCCUUCUACUUACUCGUGAACAAUCAAACCCUACCCUGUCUUAGUCUGACUAUUUUACAGAUCUACAAUGACAACAAGGAUGAAGAUGGCUUCCUCUACAUGACCUAUGCUUCUCAAGAGAUGUUUGGUGCGGGUUCCCCUUCCGAACACCAAUGAAGCCAUUCUCGGGGGAGGGAGGGGUGAUCCAUACCUCUCUUGGAGCCAAAAUCAGCAAAAAGAAGUUUUUAAAGACUGUUUGGGUGCAAGAAUGGCCUGGGAGGGUAUUCGCAGCCAGCCACAGGAUUUUCUCUUAUGACUUUGGUCCCUGAUACUACUUCCUUGCUUCACUUUUGGUUCUGCCUGAGUGGAAUUUUGGGAGGAUGUGGUCCUUUGAGGUAAUACUAACUCUGCGGAUUGUUAGUUUAAUCCACUGCCAGCUUAUUCUUUUUUAGACUUACUGUUUUAUUUAUUUAUUUAUUUUCUUCAUAAAAUGAAUUUCACUUCCUAUUGGGCACUGAGAGCAGAGUCUUUUUAUUAGGGAAAAAAGCUGAUUGACCUAAGGAGGAGGAUCUGGAGAAUGCCACUUGUGGACAUUUUAAUUGCACAGUCAUUGGUUACUGCAUCCCUCCCUCUCUUUCCCCUUUUCCCCUUAAGAUUACAAUACAGAAAUAAAUGAGCGCAAUUC